AAACAAUAAUAUAUGAAACACAGAAUACAGUUAGAGAAUAUUGUAGUGUUAAUGAAAUUAAUAUAAAAUAAUAAUGCUUGUUAACAUUUCAGCCACCAAAGGGAGGAAAAGGUGGGGGAAAAAAAGCCGUUGCGAUCAUCAUAGAUGGGGUGGAUACAUCAGAAAUGACCCGCGAGAAACUAGAACAAUUCACAUUGAAAGUUAAAGAAGAAUUGGACAAAGAGAGAGAAGAGAGAAACUACUUUCAGUUGGAAAGAGACAAAAUACGUACAUUCUGGGAAAUUACUCGUCAACAAUUAGAAGAAGCGAAAGCGGAAUUGAGGAAUAAAGAACGGGCUACCGAAGAAGCUCAGGAAGAGAAUGAGGCGCUUCUGGAAACGGAGAAGCAAAAAAUCAAGCAUUUGAAGUAUGAACAACAGGCUGCUUGCGCUGCCCUCAGAGCAGAAAACUUAGUUGCGUUAAAAGCAGCCAAGGAAGAACAUACAGAACAAGAACUGGAACUUCUGAAUGACAAAAGAGCUCUACGUCAGGACAUGAGAGAGAAGAUGUUGGCAGCUCAAGACGAGCUCAGGAGAGCCAAGUUAAUUCAUGCGGAGGAACUUUCCAAAACUAGGUCUGUAUUUGAGGAGAAAACACGACAGAUCGAAGAGAAAGCUGAUAAGAAACUACAAGAAACCAAAGUGGAGUUAACGGUUAAGCACAGGACAGAGAUAGGUGAAGUUGAAGAAAGAAAGAACAAACAGUUAUCUGAGUUGAUCGCUCAUCACGAAAGGGCUUUCUCGGAUCUAAAAAAUUAUUAUAACGACAUCACCUUGAAUAACUUGGGUCUUAUAAGCAGCUUGAAACAGCAGAUGGAAGAUAUGCAGAAAGUAAAAGAACGAGCCGAGAAGAUAGCGCGAGAUGCUGUGGCCGAGUCGAAGAGCUUAAGAGAACCUCUGGAGGCGGCGAUUGUGGACAAUAAGGAGUUGAAGAGGCAGAUGUCAAACUAUGAUAGAGAUAAGGCUGCGUUGGCUGCGAAAACAAAGCAGCUGUCGCUCUUGGAACAGCAAUUCGAAGUGCUCAAGUGGGAAUAUGAAGUGCUACAAGUGAGGUUCGAUCGCGUGUUUAAAGAAAGGGACGAAUUGAAAUCAAGGUUCUCAAGAGCUGUUCUUGAAGUGCAACAAAGAGCUUCCUUGAAAACUGCCCUUCUAGAAGCCAAGUUGAAAAACUUAGAAGGUCGCGACUUGAAUCCAAGGGAAAUACAUGAAUUAUUAAAAAUGAAAGACAACCAAGUGGAGGAUCUACGUUACGAAGCUGCACGUCUGAGAAAAGCUCAUGAUGAUCUCCUUGCCACUUACGAAGCCAAGUUGACAAAAUUGGGAGUUCCGCUUGAAGAAUUGGGGUUCAAGCCACUGAAAGCCGUAGCGGUGGCAGGAGUCUCCCCUGUGAUUGGUCAGUGCCCGGCAGGGUUGGUGGCGAAGGAGCAGAUUUAG